CCACGUUUAACUGUAACUAACACCAUGCAAGCCAUGCAGAGACUUGUUCUGCUCAUUCUAUCCGUGGCGAUCACGGCGUCGGCGCAGGGCCCUGCUGCGGUGGCGCCCGCCGCCCCGACGACACCGACCCCGGCGGCGCCAACAACGCCGACCCCAGCGGCCCCGGCACCGGCGGCCGGGACGACGAACAUCACGGGGGUGCUGGCCAAGGCUGGGCAGUUCAACACGUUCAUCCGGCUGCUGCGGUCGACGGGCGUGGCGACGCAGAUCGACAGCCAGCUCAACAGUAGCUCCGGGAACGGCCUCACGGUGUUCGCGCCCACGGACAACGCCUUCACCUCGCUCGCCUCCGGCACGCUCAACUCGCUCUCGGACAGCCAGAAGAACGCGCUGGUCCAGUACCACGUUCUCUCCACCGCCAUCCCCAUGUCGCAGUUCGACACGGUGAGCAACCCGCUGCGGACGCAGGCCGGGAGCAGCUCGCCGGGAGAGUACCCGCUCAACGUCACCUCCACGGGAGGGCAGCAGGUCAACAUCUCCACCGGUGUCGUCAACGCCACCGUCGACAACACGCUGUACACCGGCGACCAGCUGGUGGUGUACCAGGUAAGCAAGGUGCUGCUGCCCAUGGCCAUCGCCGGGACGCCCGCGCCGGCCCCGGCGCCGCUCGCACCCACGAAGACCAAGGGGAAGACGCCGGCGUCGUCGGUGGCGGACGCACCCGAGGCGGAGGCGUCCACGGACGUGUCGCCCGCGCCGGUGAGGGUGGUCACCGGGGGUGGCGUCGCGGUGGCGCACGUUCUUGCGUUGGCGUGGGUCUGGUGGGGUCUGUGAUGGCGCCAGAUGUGAAAUGGUAGUCGUACGUGACGUCUCGAUCCACAUCGAUAUUUUUUGGGCACAUUUUGAAGUUGUUGGCUUUUUUUUUUCUUUUUUUGCUUAUUCCACAUCAUUAAUAUCACCGUACUCUAUUAUUGCCAGGGGCAUGCAAAGUGAAUCCGUUAUUACUGUCAAUUUUUUAUGUAAUAUAUUGAGUAAGUUUCAUUUUUC